AUGGCCAUGCUACCUGUUGAAAACGCUGACGGCCCCCAUCUCCUCACUCACAAGGGGCGAGCCACGGAAGCUAACGGCAGCGGAGUGCAUCCUCUCCCGGCUUCUUCGAGAGGCUGCGGCAUGUUGACUUUCCUGUCCUCUGUCACAGCUGCUGUCAGUGGUCUCCUGGUGGGUUAUGAACUCGGCCUCAUCUCUGGGGCACUUCUGCAGAUAAGAACCGAAUUAGCCCUGACCUGCCAUGAGCAGGAAAUGGUUGUGAGCGCCCUACUCAUCGGGGCUUUUUUGGCUUCUCUCACCGGAGGGGUCCUGAUAGACAAAUGUGGAAGAAGAGCUGCUAUUAUCUUGUCGUCCUGUCUCCUUGGACUAGGAAGCUUAAUCCUUAUCCUCCAUCUAUCGUAUACGAUUCUCAUCGUGGGACGCAUCGCUCUCGGCAUCUCCAUUUCCCUCUCUUCGAUCGCCACCUGUGUUUACAUCGCAGAGAUUGCCCCCCAGCACAGAAGAGGUCUUCUGGUGUCACUGAAUGAACUUAUGAUUGUCAUUGGCAUUCUUUUUGCCUAUGUCUCCAAUUACGCAUUUGCCAAUGUUUCCCACGGCUGGAAAUAUAUGUUCGGUCUUGUUAUUCCCUUGGGAGUUGUGCAAGCAAUUGCAAUGUACUUCCUUCCUCCAAGCCCUCGGUUUCUGGUGAUGAAAGGGAAGGAAGAAGCUGCUAGCAAGGUUCUUGGAAGGUUAAGAGCGAUCUCAGACACAACUGAGGAACUCACAGCGAUAAAAUCUUCCCUUAAAGAUGAAUAUCAGUAUCGUUUUUGGGAUCUGUUUCGAUCAAAGGACAACAUGAGAACCCGAAUCAUGAUAGGCCUAACGUUGGUGUUUUUUGUACAAAUUACUGGGCAGCCAAACAUAUUAUUCUAUGCAUCAACUGUCUUGAAAUCAGUUGGCUUUCAAAGCAAUGAGGCAGCGAGCCUAGCCUCUACUGGGGUUGGGGUUGUCAAGGUCAUCAGCACUAUCCCAGCCAGUCUUCUUGUAGACCACAUUGGGAGCAAAACUUUCCUCUGCAUAGGCUCCUCUGUGAUGGCGGCUUCGUUGAUGACCAUGGGCAUAGUGAAUCUCAACAUCCACAUGAACUUCACCAAUAUCUGCAGAAGCCACAGUCCUAUCAACCUGUCCUUGGAUGAGUCUGUCUUUUACGGACUGGGAAAUCUCUCAACCAAUAACAGCAGUCUUGGAGAACCCUUUAAAGGGAUCACUUCUCAUGGUUGGAGCUCCCUAACGCCCAUGAGAAAUGAUGUGAAUAAGAAAGAAGAGAUGACUCUGACAUCUUUACCAAAUGCCGGACUAAGCCAAACUGGAUACCAAAUAGUCACAGACCCAGGAGAAGUUCCAGUUUUUUUGAAAUGGCUCUCCUUAGCCAGCUUGCUUGCUUAUGUUGCUGCUUUUUCAAUUGGUCUAGGACCAAUGCCCUGGCUGGUGCUCAGUGAAAUUUUUCCUGGUGGGAUUAGAGGACGAGCCAUGGCUUUAACUUCUAGCAUGAACUGGGGCAUCAACCUGCUCAUCUCUCUGACCUUUUUGACUGUAACUGACCUUAUUGGCCUAUCAUGGGUAUGCUUUAUAUAUACAAUCAUGAGUCUAGCCUCCCUGGCUUUUGUUGUUCUGUUUAUACCUGAGACAAAGGGGUGCACUUUGGAACAAAUAUCAGUGGAGCUAGCAAAAGCGAACUACGUGAAAAACAACAUUUGUUUUAUGAGUCAUCACCAAGAGGAGUCAGUGCCAAGUCAGCUUCCAAACAGAAAGCCCCAGGAGCAGUUCUUGGAAUGUAAAAGGCUGUGUGGUAAGGGGCAACCAAAGCCGCUUUCUUCAGAGAUUUAG